AUGAAUUCAUUUCUCAAGAUAAUUGUUCUUAUUAUCAUUAACCUUAGUAUUUUAAUUUCUCAAUGCAAUUCAAUUGACACCGCCUCACUUCCACGCGAGGGAAACGAGGCAGUCUUGGUAGGAAAUAAAAUUUAUUAUAUUGGUGGAAGAACAGCAUCUCCUCGAAAUUUCAACACGUUUCUAUUGGAUUUAUCAUCAGAUUUUUCAGCAACCGAUCCAAAUUUUGUUCAAGUUUCUGGACUUGAAUAUAUGCCAUUACCUACCUGGACGUCUGCUUGCCUAGGAGAAGAUAAUAUUAUUUAUAUAUUUGGGGGAACUGAUGCGUCACAACCGUCAUUACCCGAAGCAAACACUUUAUACGAAAUAAAGUCAUUGAAUGACACUUCUCUUAGUUGGACAACAUCUUCACCAAAGCAAGGAGACACGUGGCCAAGUGCACGAGAUGGAAUAUUUCCAAUCAUUGAUAAUCUUUCGAGAAUUUUCGUGUGGGGUGGACGUAAUACAGGUCAAGAUAAUACAACAACGUAUAUCUUCGAAUCGAAUAGUUGGAAAGGCCAUAAAUUAGCAAAUACACCGAAUCCAAGAUCAUCUUAUUCGGCUACAUUAUUAAAUGAUGGUCGAAUUAUUUAUAUUGGUGGAACUAGUAGGAGUCCAUACCCAGAUGUUAAUAUUUUAGAGACAUCUACAAGUAGCGAAGAGAUAAAAAAUCGAGUGGGACAUUCAGCAUUACUUCACUCAGAUUCCAUUUCUAUUAUUGUUUAUGGAGGAUGUUACCAAUCUAACGAAGACAUCACCAAUUCUGAUUAUAAUGAAUAUUCUGCAGUUGAAAUUCCCGAUUCUGAUUCGGUAUGGAUAUUGAAUACCAAAACUUGGACAUGGUCCCGGCCAUCAGUUCCUAGCUUAUCUUACAUCACUGUGACAAGAGGUCAUACUGCAGUCAUGUAUAAUGGAUAUAUGAUUAUAGCUUUUGGAGUAUAUGGACAUUAUUCUUUUACGUCUCAAGUUAAAGUUAUGGAUGUGAGGAAUUUAAACUCAUUGGCUUGGGUUCCUACUUACAAAGUAGCUAACGGCCAUAAACUAAAUCUUGGUUUAAUUCUUGGCAUUUGUGGUGCAAUCGCUGGUGCUCUUGCUAUCUUUGCUCUUGUGAUAUUUUUUAUUCGUCGACGUAAAUCUUUAGAAUAUGUUACACAUUCGAACAAUGAACCAGUUUCUGAGAUUAUUGCAACUGUUAAGUCAAGAGUGAUUCCAGCCCAAGUUCAAGAUAAUUUUUCUAUUCCAGAAUAUAAUCCAUCAUAA